CUCUACCUCUACCUCCCUCCAGUGCAGCUCAUUCCCAGACUCAGCUGAGACAUGAGUGGACGAGUGGGAGACUUGAACCUGAAACAGGCCGAAAUCCUAAAAGAGUUUCGGGGCAGGAUCCAGGACGUCCUCCCCGACCUGCCUGCACAGCACGACCACUACCUCCUCCGCUGGCUCAGAGCCCGUAGCUUCAAUGUUCAGAAAGCUGAAGCCAUGAUAAGAAAGCAUGUGGAGUUCAGGAAGCAGAUGAAAGUAGACACCAUCAUCUCUGACUGGAAGCCUCCAGAGGUGAUCGACAAGUAUGUGUCCGGAGGAAUGUGUGGUUACGACCGAGAGGGGAGCCCCAUCUGGUACGACGUGAUUGGUCCUCUGGAUCCCAAGGGUCUGUUGCUCUCCGCCACCAAACAAGACUUCCUGAAGACCAAGAUCAGACACACGGAGAUGCUGCAGCGGGAGUGUCGAAGGCAGUCGGAGAAGUUGGGGAAGAACAUUGAAGCCAUCUCUCUAAUCUACGAUUGUGAAGGACUGGGACUGAAACACAUAUGGAAACCUGCUAUUGAGACCUAUGGAGAGAUCCUCACCAUGUUUGAGGAGAACUAUCCAGAGGGGCUGAAAAGGCUGUUUCUCAUCAAAGCUCCCAGAAUGUUUCCCAUGGCCUACAACCUGAUUAAACACUUUCUGUGCGAGGAAACACGGCGCAAGAUCGUCAUUUUGGGAGGUGACUGGCAAGAAGUGCUACGUAAACAUAUUGACCCGGAGCAGCUUCCUGUGGUGUACGGGGGAACCCUGACUGAUCCCGACGGAGACCCUCACUGCAGAACCAUGAUCAAGUACGGCGGUACGGUGCCCAGGUCGUACUAUGUUCAGCACUCAGUGAGGGUUCAGUACGACAACAGUGUGACCAUCGGCCGCGGCGCCGUCUUUCAGCUGGAGUGUGAUAUCACAGCACCCAGCAGCCUCCUGAGGUGUCAGUUUUCCAGUGAUGGAGCAGAUAUCGGGUUCGGCAUUUACAGGCGGACCAAAGAGGGCGCUGGUCAGAGAGUGACUGAGAUGCUGCAGGUGCUGCCAAGCGAACGCUACAAUGCACAUCUGGUCCCUGAAGACAGCUGGCUUACCUGCCCCGAGCCCGGAGUCUACGUGCUGUGUUUUGAUAACAGCUACAGCAUCCUUCAGUCUAAGAGGGUGAGCUACAAAGUGGAGGUUCUCCCUCCUCCUGCCGACGGACAGAUGCAGAGUCCGCACAGCAGAGGAGACAGGAGGCUGCAGUGAUCGAGUCCUCGCAUGGAAAAAACACACAUCCCCGAUCAGUGCUCCUGCCUCAGGGCAACCGGGACAAAUAAUGAGCAGUGGACUAUUAACCUCUCCGUUUCCCAUGCUCUGUCUAUGUAUUAGUUUGUAAUCAGUGAUUAGAGGUAACUUGACUUAAAAACUCCAGGAAAAUCGAAAUAAGUUUCACCAAGGAUCACAUCCAGCACACACACACACACACCCCGAUGUACGUAUGUGCUUGUUUUCCAUCGGUUUCCCUCACCGCUUUUCUUCUGAUGAAGUUGGAAUGCUAGCCUGUUAGCAACGGCCCGUCUUGUCACGCUCUGAUUGCGAGUCAAUGUAGCUUGACUAGCGUUUAGUCCGUCCUGAAGCAUUAAUGCUGCUCAGAGGAUAUAUUAUAACCUCUUUUCUUUUAAGUGCAACAGUGGCUCAAGUGUCGUGACAAGACAAGUCACCACCUGCUCCCAGCAAGAAACCACGUUUGGCCGCAGAGAAUUUCCAGCAAUGCAAUAGAAAGACAUAAAUGUUCUUUAGAUGUAAUUAUGAAGAAUGUAGCAAACGGGAGUUGAAUUUACUAUUACUAAAAGGAAAUGUAAAUACACAAAGAUUCUGGAGCUGGUUGACAAAACUGUUCAUGAAAUUAGAAAGGAUGUUCUAAUAAGUCUGUGAAAAACCUCCAGUUAAUCCAAAAUGCGGCAGCAGAAAAACCCUGCUCCUCACAUACAAGGCCCUGAACAAUCAGGACCCAUCUUAUCUUAUAGAGCUCAUAGUUCCAUAUCAUCCCAAUAGAUCACUUGCUCUGUAAACUCAGGACUACUUGUGGUCUAAAGAGUCUGAAGGAGUAGAAUGGGCACCAGGCUCCUCUCCUCUGGAACCAGCUCCCGGUUUGUCUCAGGGAGGCAGACAGACUCUCCAAAUUUAAGCUUAGACUUAAAAAUGUCCUUUUUGAUAAACCCUAUAGUUAGAGCUGCUCAGGCGAGUCCUGAACUCCGUCUCUUAUGCAGCCAUAUUAUCCUUAUUAUUAUUAACAACGUCAUUACAUCUAUGUGUCAGUAUUAUUAUUGCCAUCAUAAGAACCUCUGUCAGAGCUUAAAACAACGGUAACACAACUGUUCCUUGUCACUCUCUCUCAUCUCCCCCAUUUCUCUCCUCUGAACCUAGCUGGUCCAGGCAGAUGGCCGCACACAACUGAGUCCGGUUCUGCGUGAAAUUGUUCCAAGGGAGUUUUUUUUUCUCCACAGUCGCCAAUUUUGGGAGCUGUUGGGUAUCUCUGUAAUAAUUACUAUGUACUCUCAAGUGCCUUGAGAUAAUGUAUGUCGUGAUUCGGCGCUAUACAAAUAAAAUUGAAUUGAAUUA